GCGUGUGCGGGCGCUGACACUCUACCAGUUUUACCGGCGUCCGUCAGCUCCGAAGCGGCGGAGACUCAUGAGUUCAGAUUGUCGGUCUCCAACAGCGGUUCCACGGACGUCCUUCUGACUUUAUUGAAGCCGAAAAAUGUUGCGUUUGAGCGGGUGGUCAGUGGCUCUGGCCCUCACCCUCUUAUCGGGACCUGUUGAAGGCCUGAAGGAAGGAGAAUGUGAAGUGUGCGUCUCCUUCCUGGGGAAGUUUUACGAGUCGCUGAAGGACUCCAACGCCAACAGCGCCGAUAUUGAGAAGGAGCUGCUGAAGAGCUGCAGUGACACCAAAGGAAAAGAGAACAGAUUUUGUUACUACAUCGGUGCGACGAGCGACGCCGCCACAAAGAUGGUAAACGAAGUGUCCAAACCGCUCAGCUACCACGUCCCGGUGGACAAGAUCUGUGAGAAGCUCAAGAAGAAGGACAGUCAGAUCUGCGAGCUGAGAUACGACAAGCAGCUGGACCUGACCACGGUGGACCUGAAGAAGCUGAAAGUCAAGGACCUGAAGAAGAUUCUGGAUGAGUGGGGCGAGUCGUGCAAAGGCUGCGCCGAAAAGUCAGACUUCAUCCGCAAAAUAACCGAGCUCAUGCCCAAGUACGCGCCUGCAGCCGCCAAGGCACGGACAGACCUGUAGCGGCAGGGACACUGACUCUGGGCAGACAGGAAGUCCUGCCAGGAGGAGGAAGAGCACGUCUCGGUCUGCUCUGCAGGCUCAGAGUUUCUACUGUACUUUAAACUGAAGUUCCUGCUCCUCCAAUCCUUUCACAAUAAGAGCCUGAGUUUGUUUGCAUCUCAGAAUCCCCGACCACCAGCAGCUCACCUUCAUCAUCCUGGAGUCAGCUCAGCCCCAACACGUUUCUGAUUCUGAGCAGUGCCCCCUGCUGACUGUUUACAAGACUGCACACCUGAAUUAAAACCUGGUUCUGACUUGUAGGACGAUUCGGACUCACUCCACUGGUUCUUACCUCGGCUGGUUCUGUUCCAAUUGAACCAGUCAGACCAUUAAACACAUUGAGUCAC